GUUGAGAAGGCCACACACACUACACAGAGCAAUGCGAGCACUGAGUUUCUCAGCCUUGGACUCGCUUCUCAUUGCUACCUGAAAAUACCUAAAUCCCCAUAUGCGUCUGCGAAUUUGGGUACACAUUAAACCCUAGCAAUUUGAAAAUGACUGGAAAUGGCCGAAGAAAUGCUCGGAGCAGAAUCAAACCCGCCACGGAAGCCAACGAGGACGGCGCUUUUCUCCGCAACACAAAACCAAACCCGAAAGCACGUAAAGGCAGAACCAGAGAUCAUAGCUUCAUUCGGAUUUUCGACGUUAAUCUGAAAGUCGUGCUCGGGCUCAGCGUUUUCGCGUUCUUAGCGAUCUUCUUUCUGAUUCGUCAUCUUGUAAAUCCAGCUGAAGAAGCUUCGAGACCUAGGGUUGUUACGCCGUUUCCGGCGCCAAAAGUCAUGGACCUUCCUCAGUUCCAAGGCGAGCACAGAGAGAGCUUGUAUUGGGGAACCUAUCGCCCUCACGUUUAUCUUGGGAUUCGUGCGAGGACUCCACGGUCUCUUAUUGCUGGGUUGAUGUGGCUUGGUGUAAAGGAUGGAAGAUAUUUCAUGAGACAUGUCUGCCAAGAUUCUGAUGAGCUAAGCACAUAUGGUUGGACGCAUCAUAAUGGACGUGAUUUUGGACACCAAGUUCUGGUUGACCAGGACAUGACCCUGGCAACAAGUUUCUUGAAAUCGAAGGUUGAUGGCAGUGGCUAUGGAGGAGAUUGGGCUGUUCAGAUUGAUGUUCAAAGUGAGCAAUCUAAGUGGAAUGAGGACAUUGGGGGAACUGCACAUAUAUUUUUCUAUAUGGCUGAUGAAGAUGGCAACGCUCUAAGUUUGAGUAGAGAUAUCUUGGACAUUCGUGAGGAUUCUCUCCUUGCAUCAGGUUCACGAAUGGAUGUUGGAGAUUGGCAGCUUCAUUUAAAAUCAAAGGACAAUUUGGAAGUCCAUUAUUCUGGUUUUAAGACAAAUCACAUUCACAACUUAUCUGAUCUUGUCCAGGGAAACCUUGGAGCACAAGCAAGGAAGUUUGGUUGGCUGAAGCUAUCAGACACAUCUGAUCAUUCUCCAAAUAUUAUAGUUUUCCAGAUUUCUGCUCGGAUUCCUUUUAAAGUGGAUAUUGUGUUUGUCUCUGGAACUGGUUUGCAAAGCUCAAGAGUUGAAGAACGUGUCAGCAGCCUUACAGGUACCUUACUGACUGAUCAGUUGAAAGAGAAGCAAAGAGAAUUUGAUGCUAAAUUUGAGAAGAGCUUUAACCUUGCUGACAAGCUCGAUUCUGAAUCUGUGAUUGUUGGUAAGGCUGCUGUUGGAAACUUGUUGGGUGGCAUAGGCUAUUCCUAUGGCCAGUCAAAAAUUUCACUCCCAAGGGACCCAAAUCUUGGAGGUCUUGAUAAUGUUAUUUCAUAUUGGCCAGCUGAGCUUUACACAGCUGUUCCAAGUCGACCCUUCUUCCCAAGGGGAUUUUUAUGGGAUGAAGGUUUUCAUCAGCUGCUGAUCUGGCGUUGGGAUAUUCACAUUUGCUUGGAUAUCAUUGGACACUGGUUAGAUCUAAUGAAUGUUGAUGGAUGGAUUCCAUGUGAGCAAAUUUUGGGUGCUGAAGCUCUAAGUAAGGUUCCAGAGGAAUUUGUUCCCCAACAUCCCACUAAUGGAAAUCCACCUACUCUGUUUUUAGUGUUACGUGAUAUUGUUCGUAGCUUAAAGAAAAACAAGUUUACUGCAACUGAAAGCAAUGAGGUCUCUUCAUUUCUAGAACGGGCUUUUGUUCGCCUUGAAGCCUGGUUCCAAUGGUUCAAUACUACCCAGUCAGGAAACGAUAAGACCAGCUAUUAUUGGCACGGGAGGGACGGUACAACAACUCGUGAACUAAAUCCAAAGACACUGUCCUCUGGGUUGGAUGAUUAUCCACGUGCUUCACACCCAAGUGAAGAUGAACGUCACUUGGAUCUCAGAUGCUGGAUGUAUCUUGCAGCAGAAUGCAUGCAUUCCAUUGCAGAGCUUUUUGAUAAGGAUAAUAAACCUGGAAAGGAUUAUGGUAAAACAGCUAAACUGCUCUCAGAUUUUGAAAUUCUGAAUCAGAUGCACUUUGAUGAGGCAUACGGAGCUUAUUUUGAUUUUGGAAAUCAUACUGAAAAGGUUCGCUUAAGUUGGAAAGAGAAGAAGAUAGGAGACAAUUAUGCAAAUCGAGAGCUCGUGCGCGAAGUGUUAGAAAGGCCUCAGUUGAGACUGGUUCCUCAUGUUGGUUAUGUUAGUCUUUUCCCAUUCAUUGGGAGGCUUAUUCCACCUGGAUCAUGGAUUCUGGAAAAACAGCUUAACCUCAUCUCAAACCAAAGUAUCCUAUGGACAGACUAUGGGCUCCGUUCUCUUGCCAAAACAAGCUCAGUAUACAUGAAACGCAACACAGAGCAUGACCCACCUUAUUGGAGAGGUCCAAUUUGGAUGAACAUAAAUUACAUGAUUCUUUCAGCACUCCACCAUUACUCCAAAGAAGAUGGACCAUAUAGGGACAGAGCCAAAGCCACCUAUGAUGAGCUGAGGAGCAAUUUGAUUAGAAAUGUGGUUCGCAAUCGUCGCCAGACUGGGUUUUUGUGGGAACAAUAUGAUCAGAAGAAAGGCAAGGGAAAAGGUGCACGGCUUUUCACUGGUUGGACAUCACUCGUGCUAUUAAUCAUGGCAGAAACUUAUGAAGAAAGUUAGGACACAUUAUUUAAGAAUUGUGAGGAUAUCCCCUCCAAAAAAAUAUUUAGUUAGAUGUGAUGCUUUUAACGGGAGGGGGGCAUCCAACUUUUUCUUUUCUUUUCUUUUUUUGCUUUCUUUCGUUUUUUUUUUUUUUUUUUUGUGACAAAGGAAAAUCAAAAGUUUGGCUUUAACAAAAUCACUAGGGAUUACAGUUGCACGACAAACGCAUGUUUUCCCUUUCACGUU